AUGGAGCGGUGCCAGGGAGUGCUAACGAAGGCCUUGACAGAGAUUGGCGCAAUCGACCAGGCCCUCUGCAACAGACCAUGGCGGUCCCAGCGGCUCUCCUUUUACCUGAUUCUCUUGCUCGUCAUACCAGCGCUCCUCUUUAUUCCCUUGCGGCUUUAUUCACGCUGGAUCGCCGUGGGCCGCUUUGAGAAAGACGACUAUGUUAUGAUUCUCGGCGGUGUCUUAUACGUUGGGGAGCUUUUCUACCUCCUCACCGUUUUCUUCGCAAAGGUGUCUAUCAUCUUGUUCUACCUCCGUCUCUUUCCCGGCGAGGGCUUCCGGUGGACGGCAUAUGUGGUGAUGGUGUGUUCCCAUCCACUAUUCCUGGGAUGGCUGGAGGAAGUAGACGGGACAUCCAAGUGCAUGAACGUCAACAUGCUGGUUACAGCCGGAGCUGGCGUCAACAUUGUGCAAGAAGGCAUCAUCCUACUGCUGCCUAUUCCAGUUCUCUCCAAGCUGCACGCCUCGUUCCGCAUAAAGCUCAACGUCGCGGCCAUGUUCAGCCUGGGCAUCUUUGCCUUGGUCUCAUCGUCGCUGCGGCUGCACUUCAUGGUCCUGUUCGCGCACACGGCCAACGUCUCCUGGGACUCGACCGACACCUUCAUUUGGACUGGUGUCGAGAGCGGCAUAUGCGUCAUGGUGCCCUGCAUCCCGGCGAUCAGGGCCCUGCUUCUGCGGACCUGGCCGCGCGUCUUCGGGUCGACAACAAGCAACUACGCGGGCUUGUCCAAGUCAGCCAGGUCAGGGUUCCGCCCGGCCCAGGAGCAGCGGGCAAGGAACAUGAACAGGGGCGAGCUGUUCUCGCUCGAGUCGCGCGAUGCGGACGACGCGGAACGGAGCGAGAGCCAGGUCCAGCUGAAGGACCACACGCCCAGCGGGAAGGUCUCGGUGAUUACAGACAUCAGCAUUGUAGAGGCAGGGGUAGAACACCCAGAGAGCAGUCCAAGCGAUGCUGUGGGCGUGUGGGCAGGGCCGCGUGCAGUACCCGACGACCGACACUUUUAUGUUACUAGAUAA